AAUAUAAAAUCAUUAUCCUUCAAACUUAUGUUUCCAAAUUAAGUAAGUAUGCUACGAACAGCCUUUGUAAGAUGUAACUUACUUCGGCCAUCCGUUAAGAAGGUGAUCAGGUUGACCAUUAGACGCGCAUUAACAGUCGAGGUCUCAAAGAGAAAACAUCCUAACAGCGUAAACUGCAUUUUACAAACGGGGAAAGUAGUCUGGCAACGGCAGCUUUUAAGACGAUACUCUGGCAGUUUUCCUCCGCAUACGAAAGUUGCGCUUCCUGCACUAUCGCCCACCAUGAACGUGGGUAACAUCGUCAGUUGGGAGAAGAAAGAGGGCGAUCAACUGCAGGAAGGCGAUGUGCUAGCCGAAAUCGAAACGGAUAAAGCGACAAUGGGGUUCGAGACGCCCGAAGAAGGAUAUUUGGCAAAGAUUCUAAUUCCAGCCGGCGCUAAAGAAGUUCCGGUCGGGAAGUUAGUUUGUAUUAUAGUUGAAAAGGCGGCCGAUGUUGCUGCCUUUAAGGAUUACAAGGAUGAUGGCGCACCUGCAGGUACAGCACCUUCUCCUGCACCAUCUUCGCCGGGCGCACCUGCACCACCUUCGCCGGACGCACCUCCUUCACCAGCAGCUGCACCGGUUGCUGCUGCCGCCACGCCACCUCCUACAGGAGGUAGAGUAUAUGCAAGUCCUAUGGCCAAAAAGUUAGCAGAACAACGUCAAAUUAGACUGGAGGGGAAAGGUACUGGCUUGUACGGAUCCAUUACGUCAAGUGACCUAGAUAAACUUGCAGCUGCACCAUCCGCAGCACCAGCUCCAAAACAGAAAGCCACCCCAGUUCCAUCUGGUGCAGCCUUUAUUGAUAUUCCGCUCACCAAUAUGAGAUCAGUCAUCGCUAAAAGAUUGCUCGAGUCAAAAACGACGGUCCCUCAUUAUUACGUUACCGUCGACUGUAACAUAGAUAAAUUACUCGCCCUUCGUCAAAAAAUUAACAAGAAGAAUGAGAAGAACGGACCUAAAGUCAGUGUAAAUGAUUUCAUUGUGAAAGCCACUGCGCUUGCGUGCAUUGCCCAUCCUGAAGUCAACAGCGCUUGGAUGGAUACAGCGAUACGACAAUAUAAUGAUGUGGACGUCAGCAUCGCAGUCUCCACCCCCACCGGCCUUAUAACACCGAUUAUCUUCCGUGCCAAUAGCAAAGGCAUUAAGACCAUCAGCAAAGAAGUUAAGGAAUUGGCGGGAAAAGCGCGCGAGGGAAAACUGCAACCCGCGGAAUUUCAAGGGGGCACGAUUACCGUCUCGAAUUUAGGGAUGUACGGCGUCGCCCACUUUACCGCCAUCAUCAACCCACCGCAAUGUGCGAUUUUGGCGAUGGGUGGUAAUCAGAUUCGCAUAAUUCCAGACGACAACUCGGAAAAGGGCUUUAAGAAAGCGCAUUUUAUAAGUGCGACAUUAAGCAGUGACCAUAGGAUAGUAGAUGGGGCAAAGGCUGCCGAAUGGUUGUCGGCUCUUCGAGAGUAUAUUGAAGCUCCUGAAAUGAUGAUAUUUUAGUACGAUUUUCAUUAUGUGUUAGGUAAGCUUAGAAUUGCGCAGGCAUGGAAUGUCAGCUUCUUGUAUCUAUUUGUUUAUAAUUUAUUUUGUAUUUAUUCGG